CUUGGGUAUGGGGCAGGCUGGCCCAGAGCCCCGCCCCAGGAGGUGGGGCUGGAGGCUCAGGACAGAGGGACUGUGACCUGUCGACUGGCUCUACUCAGGCCAGCUGCCACCGCCACCCAUGGGGAACAGCCAGUGUGUCCCUCAGGCCCCUAGGAGGCUCAGGGCCUCUUUUUCCAGAAAACCCUCGCUGAAGGGAAACAGAGAGGAGGGUGCACGGAAGCUAGCUGGCCUGUUUGGCUCCGAGGCCGGUCCGGAUGGGGACACCACUGCCGACAAGAUCUUCCACUACCUCCCUGGGACGAACAUCCCAGGCCUGGAGAGACAGCAAGAAAACCUAGAGCAGCCUUUCCUGAGUGUGUUCAAGGCGGGGCGGCGGAGGGCGCCCGUGAGGAGCCUGGGCAAGGUCGUGCACUACGCCAAGGUCCAGCUGCGUUUCCAGCACAGCCAGGACGUCAGUGACUGCUACCUGGAGCUCUUCCCCUCCCACCUGUACUUUCAGGCUCACGGUUCCGAAGGACUCACCUUCCAGGGGCUGUUACCACUGACAGAGCUGAGUGUCCGCCCGCUCGAGGGGUCCCGAGAGCAUGCCUUCCAGAUCACAGGCCCGCUGCCCUCGCCCCUUCUCGUGCUCUGCCCCAGCCCGGCCGAGCUGGGCUGCUGGCUCUACCACCUGGAGAAGCAAAUAGCCUUCGUGGGAGGGCUGCCUCGCUGCCACCCAGCGCCCCCACAGGCCCCCCCCGAGGACGAGCUCCCCUGGACUCUGCAGCGCAGGCUGGCCCGGCUGCAGACGGCAUCGGGGCGCCACGUGGUGGGCAGCGCCAUCUGUGCCUCGAGGGUCAAGCUGCAGCAUCUGCCCUCGCAGGAGCAGUGGGACCGGCUUCUGGUCCUGUACCCGACCUCCCUGGCCAUCUUCUCCGAGGAAGCAGAUGGGCUUUGCUUUAAGGGGGAGCUCCCGCUCAGCGCCCUUCACAUCAACCUGGAGGAGAGGGAGAAAGAGAUCCGUUCUUUCCUGAUCGAAGGGGCCACCCUGCCUGCCAGGCCCCCUCACGGCAUCUGUGCGCCAGGCCGUCUCAUCAACACCAUCCGUGUGGUGUGUGCCAGCUACGAGGACUACAGCCAGUGGCUGCUCUGCCUGCAGACGGUCUGCCGCGGGGACCGGGCCUCCCCGCCGCCGGGCCCGGGGAGCUUCCGGGGGCUGCGGGCAUCCACACAGGCUGCGGGCAGUGGCCGAGGCUCGCUCUCCUCAGGCGGACGAACCAGCUGGGACGCGGGGUGCCUGGCGCCCGCCUCCGGCCGCACCCGCCGCUCCCUCCCUGAGUCCUCAGUGCCGUCCCCUGCGGGCUGCCCUGCCCGGCCCACGCCGGAGCAAGCCAACCCUGGCUGCACCAGCGCUGGUGGGCACAAGGCAAAGCUGAGACGGGGCGGCAGCAGCCGCUCGCCCAGGAGCAAGGCCCCGGGGGAGGGGCCUGGCCCAGCCACCCUGCUGCACCUGGACCUGACGCAGCUGAGCCUGGAGGACGGCCCUGAGGCCCCAGACCCCUCUCUGGAGACACCGCACUCCCCGCUCUAUGCUGACCCCUACACGCCACCUGCCACUUCCCACCGCAAGGUCACAGAUGUGCAGGGCCUGGAUGAGUUCCUCAGUGCGAUGCAGAGCUCGCUUGCACCUGCGCCCUCGAGCCCGUUCCCCUCGGUCCCCGUGUCCGUGCCUGUCUCUGACCCCAGCUCUGGACUCCCCGGCCCCCACGUGCUCUCUGAGAAGGGGGUCCCCCAGGCCCGGGCCUCUCAGCAGCAUCCCAGCUCCAUCAGGGCCCGGGGCCCCCAGCCUGCAGACGCCCCUCAGCUUGUGAGUGGGGGCCCUGCCUCUUCCUGGGAGAGCUCUGGGUGUUGCUUCCUGAAGGCACAUGUAUCUCCGCCCUCCCCACCAGAGGGCCGCCCCCCCAGGAGCUACGACAGCGUCCGGGACAAAGCCCUGCCACCUUCCCACCAGCGGUGGCCUCGAGGAGCGCCUGAGGCUGAAGGGGGGCUCAUCCAGUGGAUCUGAUGGCCCCCAAGAGGCUGCUUCUCGGAACCGCCCGCCUGCAUCGACCCCGGAGGGGCUGCAGCAGGACCUGGGGCUUCUGUGUGGGGCCACAGGCACUCAGUAUCGAGUCGCUGCCUGACCCCAGCGGGUGGAGGGGGCCUCCAGAGCCCUGAGUCACCCGGAGCCCUGCAGGGGUCAGGAGGGCCUCGUGCUCAGGGCACCUUGGCCAAGGUGACGGGACGCCCAGAGGGGUCGAACCUCAGCCUGCCUCUCAGGGGCGGAAGGAGGGAGGGGACGCGGGGCAGGGGCUUCACCUGGGAGAGGGAGGACGGCACAGGCGUAAAGGUCAGAGGGCUGCGAGCGUCAGGUUAGCGAGGGUCAGAGUACGUGCGGCCAGAGGGCACAAGGGUCAGAGGUCAGCAAGGUCUGAGCCACCACGGGCAGAGGGAGGAGGGUGGCCCGGGCGCGUGUGAGUGGUCGGGGGCUGGCUGGGCGAAACCGGCAAGAGACUCGGCGAGAAAGAAGGAGACUUUAUAGGUGCUGCGUGUCCACGUGUUCUGUGCUCAGCGCCGCGUCUGCUGCACCCCGGGGACCCUGUGCACGCCGCCUCAGGGCUGGACGCCCCCAGCCCCCAGCCCCCAGCCUAGCAGCCCCCUUGCUCCACCAGCGCCCGUGCCCCGCGCACCUUCCGGUCCUGCCUCCCGCUCCUCUCAGCCCUGGGCGAGCCCAGGCGCCCAGUCCCUGCACCUGGUGCCCUUGACCUCCCCCUCUGCGCCUCCUCCAGAGCUCCCCAGAAGAGGAGCUCCAGUCUCCGCCCUGCAGACCCCCAGCCUGCAGGGCCCCACUGGAUACCUGCUCAGCAUCCUGGGCAGGAGCCGAGGAAGGCUUGACCACAGACCCCUGGGGCUCAGGGGUCAGAGAGGCCCCAGAGGCCUCCAGCGGCCCGGCACACUUGUAAACAGGGCAGAGAGUCCCUGGGACGCCGGCCCCGCCCCCCAGCCCCAGCCUUGAGGCGCUUGCCCCUGCCCAGAGCUGCAGCUGCGGCCUCACUGCUGCUCCGAAGCGUCUAACUUCCGGUGCCCCGUCGUGCCGCUCCGUCCAACAGGAUAACCACAUAGGGUUAGGACUCCAGUUAACUCUGGUUUCAGAUAAACCGCAAAUCAUUCCCUAGCGUCAGUAGGCCUCGUACUGCGUGUCUGAGAUUCCAAUUUCACUGGACGCCCUGUUUUUUGUUGCUAAUCUGGCCACCUUACUAACCAGCUCCCUGCUUGGCCCCUACCCUCCCAGCCUUCCAGAAUCUCCCCACUCCCAAGUGGAGCGCAGCCUUGGCCUUGGCCACGGACUGGACCCUCAGGUGGAGUCCAAGGGAACCAGGACCGAGGACUCAGGCUCCUUCCUAGACGCUGCAGAACACAAGGGUCAAAGGGCAAGGCCUGAGGGCAGCGCCUCAUCUUGAGCACCUGUCCUGCAUCUUGAGCAUCUUGAGACAUUUCCUCACCCUGCGUCUUCCUGGGCUGAGCCUGGGUCCUAGGAGCUGGGGCUGGGGCUGCGGCUGCGGUGCCCCCGGCCCACCUGCCGGCGGAAGUACCGGAUGGCGGAGAUGGUUCCGAUGUUGGCCAGCAGAACUGCGAGAGAAGCACAAGACCUCCUGAGCGCCGGCUCUGUUCCGGCCUGGUCCCUACCCUCCAGCCACACGGCCUAGUCCUCAAAGGAUGGGAGGAAGCUGGUCGGGCGACGGUGGGCCAGCAACGCAGGAGAUGGGUUAGGGGAGAACCCUGCACCUCCCUGCACCCUUCACCCGUGCUGGCCCAGCAGCUGGGACUGAACACCACUGCCCCUCCGUUUGACUUCUGGACACCAGCCCGCCGCCCACCCACCCCCUCCGGCCCCGCCCCGGGCCCACCAACCUGUCUUCCAGGCAUCUGGGGCGUGCAGGUCUGAUGUUCUCACAGCCCAGGUAGCAAAGGCUACAAACACCAGGCACAUGUCAUUCUGGCUGAAGGUAAACGAGGUGAGGGGACCCCGGGGUUCCCCUAGGAAAGAGAAGCAUGUCCUGAGCUCCUGCUGCCCCACUCACACAUGCCUGAGACACGUCUGUCCUGAGUCACAUCCCCCCGUGACGCCUCUGUCCUAAGACACAGGGUAGUGUGUGGCACGGCUGAGUCAGGCUGACUUGGGUGAGUACGUCUGGGGCACCGUUUCCUGGUUUGUAAAAUAUCUUCCUUAGGGAACGUGAGCCUGACCUGGCAGGCAGCACAGCCUGAGCUGGAGCUGCCCCAGUGCCUGCCUGCUGCAGGGGGCAGGCGCUGCUGCUGUCUGGGCCUGAGCACAGACGUCACAGUCAGCGUGGAGCCAAACCUCUGCUUGGCCUGGGCUGCCCCACCUGGACCGUGUCCUGGGAUGGCCAGGAGCUGGUCCUUCCUGCCCAGAUCAUCCCUGAGGGCCCCCACCAGCUCACAACACAGGGUCCUGGCUUGCCCCUCCCCAGUGGCCCUCUUGGCCGAACUCCCCGGACAGUGUGUUCCCAGGUCCUGAACAGGCCAUGGGGCCCCCGCAACACACACCUGCUUGCCUGACGGCCAGGGUGAGCUGCUCCGCAGAGGCUGGGCUAGGCUCCGGUGGGGUGCCAGUCCCCGCUCCCCAGGGAACGGACCUGGCGGGCUCCGUGGCCUGCAUCUGGAGAAGGGCAGCCGGCCCCAGCGUGCCCCCUGACGUGUCCUCCCCGAGGAAGUGUUCAUAGGCCUCAGGGAUGGAGAUGGGCAUGGCAUCUCCUAGUGGAGGGGCCGCAGGCUCAGCCUGUAGGGGUGGGGCCUGCGAGCGGCCCUCCCAGUGCCUCGAUCUCUGGGUUUGGCCUUCCCGGAAGAAGAACUCACACACAUCUGGCCACUGGACUUCGGCCAGAGCCUGGCCAGCCUCUGCUUCCUCCUCAACAUCUUCAUCCUCCUCCUCGAUGGUGUCACAAAAGAAGAACUCAUAGGCUUCUGGGAGGGUCACCGCGAAGCAGCUCCUGGGCCCAGGCCCCGCUGAGGCAGAGGGGGCGGGGCGGGGCAGGUGCUUCAGAAUCCGAGGCUGGGGGGUGCGGGGCCCCACUGCCACCGCGUCCCAGGCUCCAGACCCCCUGUGGCCCCCAGCUGCUGUCCUGGGGGCUGUGGCUGAGGAGGGUGGGCCUGAGGCCUCUCCCGACCCUGGCUCCUUGGGGCUGGGCACAGCCAUGGAGAAUCGUACUUUCUUCUUCUUGGGAGCUCGGGUAGGGCCUACGGGGGGCUCCCCAGCGUGGUGUCCAGGGGCGCCUGCUGAGGGCUCCCCUCUAGGCUUCUGCCGGCCCCCCUCUGGAGACCGAACAGGGCUCAACCCCAGCUUGGCCACGGGGGCAACCUCCACCUCUACCAUGUCAGGCCCAGCCUGGGGGAUGGGAGCAGGUGUACACACACCCACACCUGACUUGGCCUCGGAAACCAGGUGAGGCAGAGCUGUACGUGGUAUAUCCUUUGAGACAGGUGUAGAUGAAUCCACCUCCGGCUGGACCACUGGGCCCGGCAUAAGCAGGUCCACAUCCAGUCUAGGCUUGGAGGCGGGUGUGGACAGAGGCUCAUUGGGUUGAGGCUUGGAAGCGGGCAUAGACUGAGGCUUAUUGGGUUGAAGCUUAGAGGUGGGUGUAGACAGAAGCACCUCGGGUUGAGGUUCGGAGGCGGGUGUAGACAGAGGCACCUCGGGUUGAGGUUCGGAGGCGGGUGUAGACAGAGGCACCUCGGGUUGAGGUUCGGAGGCGGGUGUAGACAGAGGCACCUCGGGUUGAGGUUCGGAGGCGGGUGUAGACAGAGGCACCUCGGGCUGAGGUUCGGAGGCGGGUGUAGACAGAGGCACCUCGGGCUGAGGUUCGGAGGCGGGUGUAGACAGAGGCUCAUCGGGCUGAGGUUCGGAGGCGGGUGUAGACAGAGGCACCUCGGGCUGAGGUUCGGAGGCGGGUGUAGACAGAGGCACCUCGGGCUGAGGUUCGGAGGCGGGUGUAGACAGAGGCACCUCGGGCUGAGGUUCGGAGGCGGGUGUAGACAGAGGCACCUCGGGCUGAGGUUCGGAGGCGGGUGUAGACAGAGGCACCUCGGGUUGAGGUUCGGAGGCGGGUGUGGACAGAGCUGCGUCUGAUUUAGCCAUUGUGACAUCUAGAGGCACCUCCAGGUCGAGCAUGGACAUAGCGCAUGGCUCAGCUCUGGGGGUCAUCCCGAGUAGGUCUGUACCCUGCUCAGUGGUGGGGACAGGUGUAGACGGAGCCACACCUGGCCCUUGCCGGGCCACCUGCUCAAGGGCCCCUGCAGGCUCUGGCCCCAGCCCGAUCUGCCCGGCUCCUGCUGUCUGCUCUGCUGUCCCCGCCGGGAGACGCUUCCUCCUGGACCCAGUCGGGCUGAGGCCGUCCUCAGGCCUGGCCUCGGUGAGCAGUGGGGAGUCCAGCUGGGCGGGAGCAGGGCCUGUGCCACCUGGGCGCCCACCUCCCCCCUUGGUGCCUGCAGCGCGCCUCUUGUUUCGGCUGGGGCCGCGCGGUGGGGCUCCAGGGCUGCCAGGCGGCUUCUGGGGGGCAGCGCGGCAGCCCGGGGCCUCGGGGCUCCGAAUGGGCGCGCCAGUGGGAGCGGCGGCGGGACCCCGGGGGGCUGGGCCCUGCAGAAGCCUCUGCGUCCCGUCAGUGGAAGACACUGGCCCCAGGAGGGGUGAGCCCUGGGCCGGAGGGGCGGCGCCAGGGCUGGGGGACGGCCGAGCUUCUGACAGUGCGGACGUGCUGGGCAGCUGCUGCCCAGCCUCCAGGGCCAGUGUGGGCUCGUGCCAAGACCUGCUGACCCGCUGUCGGAUGGCUGCCUUGCCCUCCUCCUCAAAGCCAGGCCAGGCACUCCCCCCAGGAGCCAGCUGCCCCUCGAGAAAGGGCGGGGGCCCUGAGGGGCUGCUGCCACUGCUGUCCCUUUGGUCCGUGUCACUGGACAAGAGCUCAUCCCCAGAGGCCAGGCUGGCCUGCAGGAGGCCACACUCCUCGGCAGCGGCCGAAAACUCAGCCCAGUCCUGGUCACUCAGCUGGACGCUGUACUGGAAGUUCUCCAUUCUGGGUCAGCGGAGGCACGGGAACCACAGACUAGGCUCUUCACGGACCCAGGCCCGGGGCCCCGGCCCGCGCACGCUGCCACCACCCCACCCACCCCGUGGGGCGUCCCCCGCCUCCCUGGCUUGGGGGCCAGCACGCCAUCUCCGUCCUGAAAGAAAGCAGAACAAACAGAGAAUCCAGAGGGAAGCCGUGCCGGUCUCAAACCUCAUGGCUUCCUGGAGUUAGAAGGCCCAAAAUUCCCACUUUCCCUGCUCCCAAACUGACCGCAGAGGACAACGUUACAAUGACAUAUCGUGACAGGCCUGCAUUCAAGUUACUGAAGUUCACUCAAAAAUAGGGUUCCUUGUGUUUGAGUUUUCAUCCCCAGGAGAAAUUUUCCUCCACAACGUCGCGCAUUUUAUGUUCAGCUGGGUCCGCCUCCAACGUUCCUGCAGAGUUGUUGCUACCAAGGCCAACUCUAUACAGCAAAGCCCAUUUCAAGGACCACCCACCAGGGCUCAGUUCACCUGGGCGACAGUCAGCCCUGGACUGUCCCAACAUGCCCCAGGUGGCAGCUGGCCAUUGGGGGGAGGAGCUGCAGUGUCCAGCAGGUGACCCGUCUUUGGUGAUGACCUUCCACUAACCUUGGCUGGGACAAGCUGCUGGGCUUCCUCUGAGCUUACCAAGGUCAAGCUGGUGCUGGCCAGAGCCCACUCAGGGGUCAUCAGGGAAAGCCUGGCUCUGCCCCUGGCCCAGUCAGGAGGUCCCAGAACAGAAAUAAGCCUCCUGAUUCCCACCAGCCCCCUGCGGCCAUCCUCAGGGUCUGUGCCCCUGACCAGACCUGUCCAGCUGGCAAAGGCCCCCUCCCCACAUCUCAGUGAACCAAGGCAACCCUACCUGGCUGAGAGUCCCUAACCUCUCAGCCCCCUAAGAGGGGCUGCCCUUUGGCCCUUGGUCAGCUGCCGCUGGACCCAGAGGGGUGGGAGGUCGCGCUGGCCAGACCGGUCCUUGAGAUGGAGGUGCCUUGAGACAGGGCACUGUGGCUUCCUGACCCCGCUGCACCUUGUCCUCCUCUCUGGUCCCAGGGGAGGUCCCUGUGGGGGCUGUCCCCUUUGGGAUCCCUUAGGGUGCGAAUGAGGGGCUGACAGUACUGUACCUGGGACCCCGCAGCCAGUCGGGGCAGCAGAGCUGGGCGUCCAAGCUGCCCGUCCCAGAGCGGCAUGGUGCAGGGCUCGCCGUGCAGGCCCCACCCCCAUUGCCCAAAAUACCACAGCCCCGUGGUCACAUGUCUGCUGCCAGGCGGCAGGGUACAGGCCACAAAUAGAUGGCAUUUGAGGGGCUUCCAGCUACGUGAGGGACGCCUUCCUGGUCAGGUCAGAUGCCAGUCAGAGAAUGCUGACCAGCGGUCGGCCCGCAGGGGCCUCCCUCUCCCACCCGGAAGGCCACUCUGUCGUCCACCUUGGCCCAAGGCUGCCCUCUCCUCUUAAAGUGGUCCCACCUAGUGUGAAAACUCGGCACCCCCACCCCCGACCCUCCCGUUGCCUCACCUGCUGGCAGCCCCCCAAGGCCAGCCCAGGUGCUUCUGGGUCUUAGGGCUUUACCCCGACACCUGUGGGGAGCAGAGGGGGCCGCAGAGAGAUGAGCCGGGAAGUGACUGGUCCUGGGUGCUCCUAGAGGUCACUGAAUGUGGCCACUGCCAACCGGGGUCAGGGUUUGCACUUCCGUCCUCUGGCCCCGCCCCUGGCAGCAUUGUGAAGCUGCUGGUGGGGCUUGGGAGACAAGUGGGCACCUUGAGGGCUCUUGGUGGAGGCGCCCACACGGGAAUGGGCUCUGGAGAGGGCUGAUGGGGGUCAGGGGAGAGCUGGUCAACUCCUGCCAGCAUCUCUCCCGACCUAGGCUUCUGCAAUUGGGGCCCAAGGUGGGGGUGGCCACGCAGCCUGUCUCUCCAGGAACGGGGGUCUGGUGCUGCCACCCCCAGGUCGCCAGGAGGAGCUGAGCAGGAGACAGGGCCUCUGAGAACAGCAGCCCCCUGAAGGCACCACCCUGCCCAGCCCCCUGAGCGCUUUUCCAAAAUGUGUCCAUCCUAAGAGGGGUGCCAGCAGGACCCUCUUUCACAGUUGAGCUUGGUAAGGCACAGAGAGGGUGAGUGACUUGUCCACAGCCACACAGCUAGUAAGUGGCAGAUCUGUGUCCCAAAGGCUCUGCUCAGAGCCGUCCUGCCCUGGAGGCUGGUGUUGCCUAUCCUCAGGCUGGUCACUGUGACACACACCCCUCCUACUGGGGGACAGAGGAGGGAGUGGGGGGGGGGGUCUGACAGCAAACAUCUAAACUAACAGGUAAAUAGGGUCAUUUCUGACAGCAACGCAUGUUAAAAAGGACCUAGAGUGGAGAGGAGGGUGGCCUCUGAGGACGGUCUGGAGGAUCGAGACUGGGUGGGUGGAGACGACGAGGGCCGAGUCUUCAUGUGGAGGAGGCCAAGUCACCCAGGAAGAGCAAGGUCAAGUGGCACCCUCGGCCACCCUGGGUGGGCGAGCCUGGCCUGGGUUUCUUGUCGCUACUGUGUGUGGGGAAAACCCAGAUGUCCCUCCUGUGUCUCUCCUGUGAGUCUCCUUUACUAGUCACCAGAAGUGGGGGGAAGGGGUCCCAUGCCAGGCAAUUCAGUGACACCAGCUGGGUGUCCAACAGGUUAACUCAAUUAUGAUAAUAUCUGGAGAUGUUUAGGGGCUCAGUCCCACAGACGGCCCCCAACUUCAGAUGCCAAUGACAAGGUGCUGGUCCCCAGGUCACCCACCACCUCUGUCUGACUUGGCUACAAUCAGAGGUUCCCACGAUCGCCUGCCCCUUGGAUUCAGUUAAUUUGCUAGAGCGGCUCACAGAACUCAGGAAACUAACGCUCACCAGUUCAUUAUAAAAGGGUAUGAUGAAGGAUACAGGUGAGGGUCCAGAUGGGAGAUGGACAGGGCUGGGUGGGAAGGGACGUGGACGCACCUCCAUGCGUCUCCAGCGAGGGAUUUUGUAGGGGCUUCCUCACACAGGCGCGAUCAGUUAUUAGCCCCCUUUUCAGCCCUUCUCCUUUCUCAAGAGGAUGGGGGUGGGGCCGAAAAUUCCACACUUCUAAUCAGGCUUCGUCUUCUGGUGACCAGCCCCCACAGAAGCCUCAUUAGAACAAAAGAUGCUCCUGUGCUCUCAGCAAGAAAUUCCCAGAUUUUCAGGCACUCUGUGCUGGAAUGGGGCAGAGCCCAGUACCCAUGCUCUCUGUCUUCUAAUCAUCCCACAGUCCACUCCUCAUCAGGCCCCGGAGUCGGUGGCUGAGGCUGUGUUGGUCACCUCCGCCACUGAGGGUGGUCCGUAUGGGACUGGACAUCCUCCCAUUGCUCUCCUGUGGAUGGUGAUUUGGGUUGUUUCCAGUUUGCAGCUAUUACAAAAAGUGAUGCUAUGAACAUUCUGGAACAUUUCUUUUGGUGGUCUUGGAGAGUUGUGGGGUCAGAGGUGUCUGUCCAGCUCUAGAGGACACUGAACAACAGUUUUCGGGAGUGCCUGCAGCCACACCACCUAUGGUCUGUCACCACCUGAUGCAGCACUUUCCUUAAGAAUGAAGUUAUUGGCCAUUGGCAUCUUCUUCUUCUUCUUUUAAUAUUUAUUUAUUUAUUUGACUGCGCUGGGUCUUUAGUUGCGACACUCGGGAUAUUCACUGCAGCAUGCGGGAUUUAGUUCCCUGACUGGGGGUAGAACCCUGGCCCCCUGCACUGGGAGUGCGGAGUCAACUGCUGGACCACCAGGGAGGUCGCCACUGGCAUCUUCUUUUGUGAGGAUGUGUGUCUCUUCAGUGCUUCUGCCUCUUUUCUAUGCCCUUUUCUUACUGAUUUGCAGGCAUUUGUUACCCAUUCUGGGUAAGGAUUCUGUUUCAAAUAUUUACUAUGAAUAUCUGCCCCGCCCCCCAUCUCAGUUUUUCAGUCUCUUAACAGCAGUCUUUCGAUGAACAGAAGUUUUAAAUUUUAACACAGUCCAAGUUAUCAACAAUGUCCUUUAUGCUUAUCAUUGUUUCUGUUUUUACAGAACUCUUUGGCUGUCCCCCCAAAGUCACGAAGAUAUCACUGUGUCCUUGAAUGUGUUUAGAGCUUCGUUGUUUUUCCUUUCUCACUGGUACCUCAAUCCGCAUGGCAGAUCUUCAUGGACGGUGGGGGAUGGGGUCCUGUCACACUUUUUUGUUUCCACAUGGACACCAGCGAGCCCAGCGCCACAUCCCCACUCCGCAGAGCACACGUGUGUGUCUGUCCCUCUACAGGGGCACAGCAGCAAAGCCCCCCACGGACUCCCCACAAGGAGGAGUCUGGAGGAUUGGGGACAGGGCCUUUUCAGCAGUUGCCAUGGCUACCCUGGAAGAAGGGAGUACAGGAUCCCAGGAGAGGCUGUGGGGAGGGCGCGGUGGACCUGGGUCCUUCUGGAGACCAGCUGUGGCUGGAGUUACGCGACGCGUCCCCUCCCUUCCCUGCCCCCUCCCCAGUCAUGGGCCUCCUGCCGGUAAGCGCUCUGGAGCGCACGGGCGCCUGCGCGCUCCGGACCCAGCUCCGCUCUGGGGGCCGUAGGUCUGGGCGGAGGCCCGCGAGCGGGGUGGACGGAUGGGCCGCGGCGGCCUCGGGGGAGCUGGGUCGGCGGCACGCGGCCUGCGGUGCCAGGCGGCGCCACCAGAGGGCGCGCGGGCGCCCCCGGAAGUCGGAGGAAAAGCCGGCCCAGCGGCGCGCGGGGGGCGUUGGCCGGGCGCCAGGGCCGCCCCCGAAGCCCGCCGGCCCGCGGCCCUUGGCCUUGAGACCUAAGCUCUGGAAAAUAAGAGUCGAGGUUCAACGCGCCGCUGUCACACGCCUGGCAGUCUUAACUGCUUUGCACAGUGUAUGGGCUUUUUACUUUUCAUUUUUUUAAUAGUUUAUGGAAGUAUUGCUUACAUAUGAUAAACUGCACGUAUUUUAAGUGUAAAGUUAGCUACGUUUUGACAUGAGUAUUCUCCCGGAAAGCCAUCACCACCCUCCUGAGAGUGAAAUGCCCGUCCCGCCAGGGGUUCCUGAGCCCUUGCUGAGGCAACCACCCCCCCACCCCCCACCCCCGCCCAGGCAGCCACGUGGGCCCGCUGUCCCUUCUGUCACUGCGGUUGGGUGGCACCGUCCAGAACAUCAUGGAGAUGGGAUCAUACAGUAGGCACGCGUUGGUGUAGUACAGAGAGUGCGGUGUCUGGCUUCUGUCCCUGGGCGUCGUUAUUUUGAGAUUCAUCUAUGCCAUUGCAUAUGCCAGUAGUUCUUUUUAUAAUUAAUAAGUAGUGUUCCAUUGUUGGACAUGCCAAGAUUUGUUUAUCCGUUCACCUGUUGAUGGACAUUUGGGGCUAUUAUAUAUGAAGCUGCUACAAAUAUGUGUGUUUAAGUCUUUGUGUGAGCAAGUGCUUGCAUUUCUCUUGGGUAAAGUGUUUUCCAGUGUGGUUCCCAUUUUCAUCCGCCCCAGGAGUGCCUGAGAGUUCCAGUUGCUCCACAUCUGCACCGGCACUAGGUCUGGUAUGACUUUUUAACUUUCCCAUUCUAGUAGAUGGUUAGUAGUGUCUCGUGCUUUUAACUUUCAUUUUCUUAUGACUAAUGCUGAGCAUCUUUUCAUGUGUUUAAAUGCAUCCAGGAAGUUCCCUGGUGGUCCAGUGGUUAUGACUUGGUGCUUUCACUGUGGAGGGCCUGGGUUUGAUCCCUGGUCAGGGACCUAAGAUCCCACAAGUUGUGUGGCAAAGAAAACAAUUUUAAAUAAAUAAAUAAGUAAAUAAAUAAAUACAUCCAUAUGUCUUCUUCCAUGAAGUGACUGAUCAAAUCUUCUGCCCAUUUUCUUCAUUGGGUUGUUUUCUUAUUAUUGAGUCUCAAGAGUUCUUUAUAUAUAUUUUUUAAUAAAUUUAUUUAUUUAUUUA